UGUUACGUCAUUUCCUUUUCUCCGGUGAGGCGGCGGCCAUAUUUGCUUAGGUUUGAAAUGGCGAAUAAUAGCGCGGCGGCCCUUGCCGGGACCCCGCAACCCGCUCAGACAGGCGGCGGUGGGAGCAAACCGGCGCCUUCAGGGAAGCCUGGGAACGUGCUGCCACUGUGGGGCAAUGAGAAGACUAUGAACCUGAACCCCAUGAUCCUCACCAACAUUUUGUCCUCUCCCUAUUUCAAGGUGCAGCUGUAUGAGCUGAAGACGUACCAUGAGGUGGUGGAUGAGAUCUACUUUAAGGUAACUCACGUUGAACCAUGGGAGAAGGGCAGUCGAAAAACUGCUGGGCAGACAGGGAUGUGCGGAGGGGUGCGUGGGGUUGGAACUGGAGGCAUUGUAUCAACGGCAUUUUGUCUACUGUAUAAGCUGUUUACAUUGAAGCUGACAAGAAAACAAGUAAUGGGUCUCAUCACACACACAGACUCCCCGUACAUCAGAGCACUUGGUUUCAUGUAUAUAAGAUACACACAACCUCCUACGGAUUUGUGGGAUUGGUAUGAAGAUUUUCUUGAUGACGAAGAGGACUUAGAUGUGAAGGCUGGUGGAGGUUGUGUCAUGACCAUAGGAGAGAUGCUACGUUCCUUUUUGACAAAACUGGAAUGGUUUUCCACCCUGUUCCCAAGGAUCCCUGUUCCUGUGCAGAAACAUAUAGACCAGCAGAUAAAAGCCAGGCCAAGGAAGGUGAAGAAAGAUAAUGCCGAGGAGACUGAGGAAGCUGACCGCCAUGUUGAAAGACGGCGAUCCAGGUCUCCAAAAAGAUCUUUGAGCCCUCGGAGAUCUCCCAGACGGUCACGAAGCAGAAGUCAUCACCGAGAUCACCAUGGAACAACAAGUUUUGAGAGGGAACUAGAGCGUGAAAAGGAACGUCAAAGAUUGGAACGCGACUCAAAGGACAAACGCCGUUCACGAAGUCACGAACGUGGUAUAGACCGUAGGAGAAGUAAAAGCAGAGACCGCAAGACAGACCGGCGUGAACGAGACAAGGAAAAGGAGAAUGACAAGAACAGAAAACGGGACUCUGAUAAAAAGGGUAAUGGGAAGGAAAAGGAUUCCGAUAGACCACGAGAUCGUUCAAAGGAACGCAAGCGGAGCGAAGAAAAAAAAGACAGAGAAGACAAGCGACACAGAGAAGAUAAAGAUUCUCGUAAGGUGAGGAGGCAUAGCAGGAGCAGAAGCAAAGAGAGAAAACCACGAAAGAGCAAGAGCCCUAGCAAGAAUGCACGCGGGAGAAGCCGGAGCAAAGAAAAGUCAAACCGACACAAAGAGAAACCAAACAAGCGUAGCCGGAGCAGUAGUCGUGAUCAGACAGACAGUGUGGAAAAGUCCAGAAAGAAGGAGCGCAGCACAAGCAGGGAGAGACCACGUAAACGAAGCAGAAGUAAGGACCGAGGUCAUAAACGGGAGCAUGAAAGCAAGGACCACGACCGCCAUAGUGCUGAGUUUGAUGAAAAACAGAGAGGCAAAGAUGAGACUCAGUGACAUUUUACUGAAUGGAUCACAUUGAAUCCUUCAUCCCCUUUUCUCCUUUUUUUCUAUUGGUUUAAAUUUAGUGCUCUUCCAUUGCCCUGUUUUUGUUUUUUCAAAAUCCUAACCUGUUUAGCACUCGUAUAUUUUUUCUUUAUUUUUUUUUUCUUCAUUUCAUUAUUGUUACAGAAAAGUUGUUUAUGUAGGGAAGUGCCUUCUUGGGAAACCAAGUACAUUGGACAGAACUUUUUCCCUUCCCUACAAGUGCUGAAUCUCUGCUCUCAUGCAGCUACUGUUCAGUUUUUAUUGGGUCAGUGUUCCUGAAUUGUACACCCGUUCCUGAGAAUGCCCUGCUGUUUUAAUUCCUCUGACGUAAUGGACCUGCAGGUUCUGUAUGACUGAGGCAUUCAUUUGGCCACUUUUCUUGUUCUAACGCUCGUGAGGUUUGCGGUUAUCCGCCUGACGCUGCGUGCAUGGCUUAGCUGACAUUUUGAUAGGAUGGCUAUCUAAUGAAUUAUUUUUUUUUUUUUUUCUAAAACUGAAACGAAUGCAGACAUGACAUUUGAAUUUUGUGUUGUCCAGUUGUAAACAGUUUUUAAAAAAAAGA